UCAUAUAUAAGGGAGAUAACUGACAACAUAAUUAUUCGAAUUUGAUGAUGUGACCGGUAGCGCCGUUUUGUGUUUCAUUUUUCGUGUACAUUCGUAUUGUCAACAAAUAUGACUAUGCUAGAUUGUUCUAAAGUAGUCAUUGCAACACUUUGCGCAAUAUUGUUGCGAUGGUGUGUUUCGCAGGGUGGCUAUUCUGGUUCAGGUAAACCUCCAAUGCUUGGGGACUAUGAAGCUCAGAGGCAUUGGCAAGAAGUUACAGUCAAUCUGCCUUUGCAAGAAUGGUAUGUGAACUCCAGCCACAAUGACCUGGAAUACUGGGGGCUGGACUACCCACCUCUCACUGCCUACCACAGCUACCUGUGUGGACUGGUGGCAAGGUUUUUUAACCCAGAAUGGGUUGCCCUCAAUACAUCAAGAGGCCAUGAAAGUUACCAGCACAAACUGUUCAUGAGAUACUCAGUUAUGAUUGCCGACCUGCUGCUAUAUUUCCCGAUGGUCUACUGGAUAUUUGCUGCAAGGAAACCACAUCCUUCAGAUGCAGACUCGGUUGUGAAGUCGUACCUACUGAUGUUGCUCUAUCCAGGCCUUAUCCUCAUUGACUACGGGCACUUCCAGUACAACUGUAUCAGCCUGGGACUAGCCCUAGGGGCGGUGUGUGCCUUGGCCCAUGGGAGGGAGCUCCUAGGCUCAACUCUCUACUGUAUGGCCCUCAACUACAAACAGAUGGAACUCUAUCAUGCCAUGCCAUUCUUCUGUUAUUUACUCGGUCCCUGUUUGAGGAAUCUCUUCCAUGGAGGGUUUACUCAUCUAGUGAAGAUUGGUAUGGUGGUUGUGGGCACAUUCACAGUGUGUUGGGUCCCUUUCCUCACUUCAGUGGAUCUAGCCUUGCAAGUGCUUCAUCGGUUAUUUCCAUUUGCCAGGGGCAUAUUUGAGGACAAAGUUUCCAAUAUCUGGUGUUCCCUAUCAGUUCUAAUAAAAUGGAAGCAGGUCAUGUCUAGAGACCAGAUUCUUCUUAUGUGCUUGUGUUCCACUGGUGUUUGCUUACUGCCCUCAUCACUUGAUCUUCUCAUACAACCAACAUUCAAGAAAUUCAGAUAUGCAUUGGUGAAUUCAGCGAUGAUAUUUUUCCUGUUUUCAUUUCAAGUACAUGAGAAGAGCAUCCUCAUUCCAGCAUUGUUUGUAUGUAUUCUGAUUCCGGAUCAUCCUUUCUGGUGCAUCUGGUUCCUCCAAGUCUCUACAUUCAGCAUGCUUCCACUGCUCAUAAAGGAUGGUCAGCUGAUAGCAUAUGUAGCACUGAUGGUGCUCUAUCCAUUAGUAUAUUAUAACCUCUACCCUAAAGUUGUGCAAUAUGGACCAUCAACAACAACCGAGAAAUGGGCAGACAUAUUCGCUAAGCUAGGGUUCUGUAUAUCGUGUGUGGGACAGCUGUUACUCAGUGUUGCCAUGGUAAUAUUUCCACCACCAGCCGGUCUGCCAGACCUGUUCCCACUGGUGAUCUCUGUGUUCUCAUGCGCACAUUUCCUGCUUUUUACUUUGUAUUUCCAUGUCCAACAGUUUACUUCAGGUCCAUAUGUUAACACAGGUGCUAUCAAGUCAGAGGCAAAAAAGAUCAAGUCCAGCAAAAACACCAAUAUGAAUAAGGCCAAGCUAGAAAAUACAACCAAAAAUAAGGGAAAGGCAAAUAAACUGAAAUUGCGCAAGAAAAAACAUGAUUAAACUGAUGUUUAGCUCAAAGUACAUACAAUGGACACUUGACUAGAAGGUUUUGUCUACUUGGCUAAUAACAAUGCUGUAUAUAACAGUGCAAUCCUAGUGCCUUGUGUUAUUAGUCUGUGAAUGUGUUUCUUUAUUGGCAGGACUUUUUGUAUAUGUAAUAAGUAUAUAUUAUUAAAGAGAAUUUAAGUGAAGCUUAGCUUGGAAAGAAAACAAAAUUAAGGCACAGAAUAUUCUGAUCAAUACAAAAUACAGGUGGCGGUCUUACUUAUGUCCAGACAUGAAAUGUUGUGUCUGGAUGCAUGAAUAACGUGGGCUUAGCAAUCAAUGCUAAAUGAUUAUCUAUUGAAGCAUUAUGAAUACAUGUAUGUCAUUGUAUGUUAUUAUGUAACAAAGUCUAUGCAUAUGCUUGUUCAUUUACAAUUCCAGUUUCUAUACAUAUUUGCAUUCAAAACCAAUAUUUAAAGGAAAAUCAUUCUUGAGGACUGUUCCUAUUUUUGGUUAAACAUUCACAUUAUAAGUUUUGUUACAUUACACACUCCUGAGUGAUGACCACAACAUACUACUAAAUAUGCAAUGGAUUGGUUUGUGUAUCAAAAUUUGAGAUAUUUUUGGAUCAAUUGUUAUGGUUUGGGUCUUUUGAAUCUAUACUAUCAGUUACUUUUUAAUAAAAGCCAUUGUUUGUUGUUGGCUGUUUCUUGAUUACAAAACAUAGUUAUGUUGGAAUCUGUUAUGUACAUUGUACUUAAUGUAUAUUAUCACUAUCAGGCUGUCAAACCUACAAAAUGGCAACUUUAUCUAUAAAAAAACAACAGAUAUAUACUUAAGACUUUGCCAGCUAUGUUGUUUGUCCAACAUUAAAAGCCAGAGUCUUAAUUUUUUUCAAAAUAAGAUCUACUUUCUAUCAUAUUUAUAACAAAUGUUAAAUGUUUUUCUAUAAAAAUGACAACUGAACAUAUUGAUAAAUAAAGAAAAUCAGAGGUUUAGGACACCUUCAUAGCAGCAGUCAGUUUCUAAAAAAAUGAAUUAGUUUAUCAUAUAUCCCUUAUUUUGUUGCUAAGAGAUAGACUAAAUAUUUAAUGUCUCACUGGUAUUGACAUUGGGUUCAUUCAGGAAAACAAGUCAGGGUAGGGGUGUCUCUAUAAUGGCAAACUUUACAAGAAAAGAGGCUAACCCUUCUUUAAAUGCUCACAUAGUGGGUUUUAAAUAUUGAUAUUAAAAUGGGCUCUGCUCUGUGAAAGGGAGUUGAAUGAAUGCAUUUGCGUAUAGUACCUGAAUAGCCUCUGCAGGGUAAUCAGGAACGACACUUUCCGCUUUUAUGAUUUUUUUGUUAAAUGAAAGUCUUGUUGCAAAAAUCCAGUUUAGGCGGAAAGUGUUGUCACUGAUUAGCCUGUGCUGACUGCACAGGCUUUUCUGGGACAACACUUUACGCACAUGCAUAAAAAUACCCUUUUCAGACAGCACGGCCCAUAUAAUACAGAGAAGUCUUGAACUGACAUUGUUAAAAUCCAUAUUGAUUUUUGUUUAAUUGGAUUUGUUCUAGUGAAAGACUGCUUAGAGAAUUAUUUUUAAAAUGUGUGUACUUUGUAUGAUGAUUAUGUCUCUGUUUUUAAAUAAGCCUGUAUCUGAAAUGACUGGUGUCUGUAGGGUGAGAAAUUGAGCCACGUUCUGCGAAAACAGGGCUCAAUGCAUAUAUGUCAAUCUGUUGUUUUGUACGCAUGGGACAACUUUUUUCACACAUGCAGUAAGCUCAUUCAUGUGACAAUAUUUUCCGCUUUUUAUGGAUUUUUAUACCCCCACAAACGAAGUUUAGGGGGGUAUAUACAAGUGAACUUCUGUCUGUCUGUCUGUCUGUCUGUCUGUCUGUCUGUCUGUCUGUCGGUCCGUAUUAAGUGUCCGCUCUCUAAUUCAAGUAGUUUUCAUCCGAUCAUCACCAAACUUGGUCAGAAGUUGUAUCUAAAUGAUGUCUAGGCCAAGUUCCAACAUGGGCCUUGCCGGGUCAAAAACUAGGUCACGGGGUCACUUAGUACGUUUUAAACAUUCAGCAUGUUGUCGUCUCUCUAAUUCAAGUAGUUUUCAUCCGAUCUUCACCAAACUUGUUCAGAAGUUGUAUCUAGAUGAUCUUGAGACCAAGUUUGAACAUGGGCCAUUGCGGGAUCAAAAACUAGGUCAUGGGGUCACUUAGUACGCUUUACACAUUGUGCAUGGUGUCUGCUCUCUAUUUCAAGUAGUUUAAAUCCGAUCUUCACCACACUUGGUCAGAAGUUGUAAUGAGAUAAUGUGUAGGUCAAGUUUGAGCAUGGGCCAUGCCGGGUCAAAAACUAGGUCAUGGGGUCACUUCGUGUGUUUUAAACCUCACCAUGUUGUCUGCUCUCUAAUUCAAGUAGUUUUUAUCCAAUCUUCACCAAAAUUGGUCAGAAGUUGUAUCUUGAUAAUGUCUAGGGCAAGUUUGAAUAUGGGUCAUGCCAAUUCAAAAACAAGGUCAUGGGGUCACUUAGGGCGUUUUAAACAUCACAAUGUUGUCCGCUCUCUAAUUCAAGUAGUUUUCAUCCAAUCUUCACCAAACUUGGUCAGAAGUUGUAUCUAGAUGAUGUCUAGUUCAAGUUUGAAUAUGGGUCAUGCCGGGUCAAAAGCUAGGUCACAGGGUAUCUUAGUGCAUUUUAAACCUCACCAUGUUGUCCGCUCUCUAAUUAAAGUGGUUUUCAUCCAAUCCUCACCAAACUUGGUCACAAGUUUUAUCUAAAUGAUCUCUAGGACAAGUUUGAACAUGGGCCAUUCAGGGCCUAAAACUAGGUCACAGGGUCACUAAGUGCGUUUUUUAACAUUCAGCAUGGCGUCAGCUCUCUAAUUCAAGUAGUUUACAUCCGAUCUACACCAAACUAUGUCAGAAGUUUUAUGGAGAUGAUCUUAAGGCCAAGUUAGGGUCAAAAACUAGGUCAAGGGGUCACUUAGUGCGUUUUAAAAAAUUGAGCAUGGUGUCCGCUGUUGUUUGUGAAGACGACAUGCAAAAUAUUAUGUAUCAAUGCGGGAUGUGGGGGUAUUCGUCACCUCUGUGACAAAGCUCUAGUUUUUGUUUACAGUGAGUCUUUGCCAGAAAAAAAAUCCAGUUUGUUCGGAAAGUAUCGUCCCUGAUUGGCCUGGCACAGGCAAAUCAGAGACGGUAUUUUACGCACAUACAGAAUAUCAUGUAUGACUGUUAACAUUCCCCAUAUUUCAAACACAACUCAGCCAUAUUACCAUGCGCCUUUUUACGGCACCAUUAAUAUUAUUGAUUGUAAUAUACUCAUGACCUUAUAAUCUGAUCUACGAUUUAACUUACAUGGUGCAUAUCGUCGCUGUCGUUCUCAAACCUCGUAGCUACAAAAUGCCAACUUUUCAGGAGAGAGAAAAAAACCGUCUCAUUUUUUUAUAACGAUGUUUUAGAAAUUGAAAUUCUGUAAAAAUACCAAACAAAUGAAGCUGCAAUAUACGGUAUAAAGCCGUAGACGCGUAAGUCAUACUGAUAAGUCAUACUGACAGUCAGACAUGGUAGCUACGAUAUUUUGUCACCACAGUUUUGUCAUUUUUAUGAGGUACGACAAUUCGUCCUGAUAGGAAACCUCGUAGUUGCAAAUAACAAAACAUAUAUAAACUUUUUGUCAAAUUUGUCCAAACGAAACGACGUACCUAUAGGUGAAAUGGCGUUGCUACGACUUUUCGCCGGGAAAAAAGCCAACAAUCAUUCUACAACAUUUCGUCACGUGGCUUUUUCAAGGGCUCUGAUUGGCGUAGAGCUACGAGAUAUAGCACAAAACACGCGCCAGACUUAAUAUAUUCGGAAAAGACGAACAAAAUAUUUUGAAAAUUUUGGAGCUACGAGGUUUGAGAACGACAGCGACGAUAUACACUAUUUAUUUUCGUUUCAUUAACAGAAUGAAAACACAUGAUACGAUCUAUGAAAGUUACUAUAAUUAAAUAAUUAAUAAAU